AUGAGCUUUCCCAGUGUUCGCCGUGUCUCAACAACGAAUGUCCGACCAGCCAGCUACACAGAUAGAGAUGAAUUUGAUGAUAAUCAUAAACGUAUUGAUUUGAAUCCAUGGGAUCUCACACAUCUAAGACAACUAUACAUGCAAAGGGGUCUUCUCUUCCAAAAAUGGGAACAAGCAGAAGAAGAAACAGCGAAAGAAGUUACCGAUAACAUGAUAACUCGCCUUAAAACUUCUUUGUCAUUUACACUUGAUUAUUUCUUUCCACUAGCUGGUCGUCUUGGUAUUCAAAAACAUGAAAAUGAUGGCACAGUCUCCUUCUACAUCGACUGCAACUUUGAGGGUGUAGAGUUCAUCCAUGUGACUGCAGAGAUAACGGUAGAGGAUAUCCUCUCCCCAACUUACACUCCUCAAAGCCUAAUUGAUUCAUUGUUCUCCCUCAAUGAAGUUAAGAGCUAUGAGGGUCGUACACAUCCUUUACUUUCUAUUCAAGUAAAUGAAUUACUUGAUGGCUCCAUAUUCAUAGCAUGCAGUCUAAACCAUUUGGUCUCCGACGGUACAUCAUUUUGGCAUUUCAUUAAUUCAUGGUCUGAAAUAUCAAGAUCGUCAUCUGGUAGUUGCCACAAUCCAGGUCAUCCUCCAGUGUUCGAGCGUUGGUUUCUCAAUGACGCAGAUUCCCCUAUCCGUCUUUCCUUCACUUCCGAUGAUGAAAUUCUCCUGGGAAUGAAAAGAUCCAGUUCACCUCCACAUGGUCUUGUUGAGAAGUGUUUCCGUUUUACCAAAACGAACAUUGCAAUACUAAAGGCGACUGCCAAUUCAGAAAUGAUAUCAGGAGCAAAACAAAAUGCGGCAAUAUCUUCGUUGCAAGCGGUACUAGCUCAUGUUUGGGUAGCGGUCACCAAAGUUAGAAUGGAUUUAGAUGGACUUUUUUUGGGUUAA